GCGGCUUGUUUUUAACCCCUUCGGUGACAAGAGCUCUGACUACAAACCCCAGUGCUGAUGGGGCCCGCGCCAGGGGUGGGGGUGCCAGAAGGCUGCUCCCUGGUGCCACACUGCAGACCCCUCGGUGCUGAUGGAAGGCCCAGCAGGGGAGAGCCACCUACCCUGGCAGUGAGCAGGCUGAGAACAUCUGAUGUGACCUGGGCACCUGAGGGGCACCCAGCACAGCCGGAGCAUGGACCUGAAAAACCUCCGUUCUUCCAUGCAUCAAGGUGAGUCAUGGUUCUGCCUCUUAGCAGCUUCGUGACUCUGGCCAAGCUCCUCCCUGCAAUGGGCCUCAGUUUCCACAUCGUGGAUGGCACUAAUCACGAUGAAACAACCUGAGGAGACCGUUCUGCUGAUGGAGUGAGCAGAAUCACAAAGCUCUCAAGGCCUAGCCCAGGGCGUGGCAGGCCCGCAGGCGUCCAAGGGAAAAGCACGGAUGUGGGAGAAAGGGUUGCUGGGCCCUCCCGGCUCCAGCCGAGGACAUGGGGCUCAGGGAUAGAGCCCGAUACUGUCCCAGAGCUCUGCUGCGCAGGCGCCUCUUGGGGAAAGUAAGACUCAGUCUCACAAAGGCCUCAGCCCCACUGAAGACAGGCCGAUCCCCCAGUUCCUCACUCCGCUCCUGGGGUCUAUGUCACCAAGGCCUCCUCCAGGGAGCCUUGGCAGCUCCAGAUCCCCCGUGGGCAAGGGGCUGGGAUGGAAAGCCCCACAGCAUGGUGGAAAGUCCACAAUUCUACAAGGGCCUCUUUGUUAACCUCCAGGCAAGAGGCUGGGUAACGCCUGCCCACAGGGGUCAGGCCCCAGCCCGAUGACACAGGUGCACCCGCAAAGAUUUCAGGUCUUUUUAAAAAAGUGAAGUGCAGACUUGGAUCCUGCUUUGCAGUUUUUAAUUCCCCUUUAACUAUCUCUCGGCUAAGGCAUCCACUGACUCACUUAACCAUCUGGGGAGAGAAAAGCCACCAGGUUGCAGGGAGUGACUUCAGGGCAGGAUGGCCUCAAAGGAGAGAAGAAAGCCGAGUUACCAGGAGCAACAGUUACUGGUCAUCCCAAAGCUGCGUGCACUGGUUCCCUGGCACCCCAGGGACUUUUAUGCAUGAACUGUGGAGCCCGUGGGCCCGAGGGUUGCCAUUGAACUUGACGUUAGUGAGCUCUCCCCACGCGAGAGCCUGCCCGUGGAUGAACAAGGAGCAGGCAGGGAUCCCGUGCAGAGCUGGGCUUCUGUACGACUUCCGCUUGCACUUACUUAAAUAUUUUAGCUGUAAAUACAGAACUGCAGGGGAGAGGGCAGGAAACGCAGCGAGCAGCAGCCUGGCCUGGCUGGGGACAGGAUGUGCCUGUUGGAGCGGGGACCGGCAAGGCAGGCAGGCGGGGGGCUUCCCUCUCGGGGUCAUCGGAAGGCACAGCGCAGGGAGCGAGAGAACACACUCCACACGCCCAGGCAUGGGCAGCACGAGGGCCCUGCUGCCAGCUCAGAGCUCCCAGGACAUUCCACACAGGAGCCAGCCUGUCCCGACCCUGCACUGCCUGAUACUCCACAGCCACCACUGGCUUUCUGAGAUGGACCUCCUCCCCCAUAGCUCCCCACGACGUCCCCAGCACCUGACCCCAGGCUGACCACCUCAGUCACCACCUCUGGCCCCACCUUCCUCCCCAGGUUUGUUCCCAAACACCCCCAGAGUCUUUUCCAGACGUGCAGAACGCUCAGGGCCUGGAGGCGGUAGGAGAAACCGAGACCGACCUCCGGUCUGGAGAAGAGGUGCCCGCCACUCCCCAUCCUGGACUCUGGCUGCCCAACAGCAAACGGCACGCCUGCCCACGUGGGACUCUUGGUGACAUCUCUCACCGCAUCAGUUAUCCCCUCAGCCCAGUGCUGCCCGGAUUCAGCCUUCCUGGUACCUUCAUCCACCCUUUAGCCCUAACCCUGCUGGCCAGGUCACUCCCUUCUCCCACUCAGUGGGAACACUCAUGCCCAGAGUCCUCUGGUUCUCUGCAGCCUGCACACAGGGCCUGCCUCCCUGGCUGACCGCAAAGACAAGGGGACUGUGUUACCAAGGCCUCCCAGUGAGGCCACCCUACUCCAGGCCAUGCCUGCGUGGCCGCCACAGCCUCAGCAUCAUUGCAGGCCCCAGGCCUCUGCACCUGCUCCUGCUUCACUGGGGGCAUUGUCCCCACCCAUGUCCACCUGGGACCUUUGACUCCUGCCCACUGCAGCUCCCCUCCAGGACACCUUCCCAGAUGCCCCUGGAAGCUCCUGUCCAGGCCACAGCAUCCCUCAGCCUCUGUCACUGGUCCUAGGACGAUCCCUAGGGAGCUCUCCCUCGGGACCACACUCAGGAGCCCCCUUGUGGGGCCCGCCAUCUUCCUUCUAAAGCACCUGGAGGAAGGAAGUAGGGGGUCAAUGUGAGCCUCAGUCCCCAGGCGAAUGCGCCCCUUUUAACAAUUAGGGAACUGAGGCUCAGAAAAGGAAAGGGCUUGCCUGGCGUCACACAGCCAGCCUAAGAUGGUGAAGUCAGGAGCCUCCCCGGCGACGCCCAGGGCUGCUGUAUGUCUCCUCCAUCAGACUGGGCCUCCAUCCUCCUCCCACAGCCCCAGGCGGGCCCCUGAGUAGGGGCUUUCAGCUUGCGUGGAGGUCCCCCAGGGACACCACCCCGAUCCAGCCUCCAUGGAGGUUCUUGCCGGCCACUGGGAGGGGCCAUUGCACCCCGGGCAGCCCCUGCCAAGGGCCCUGAGGCCCGAGCCUCCCCGCCGAGGGUACCUGUCCCGGCUUUGCCCCAUUCGAGCAGGGCCCUCGGGGAGGCAGGACAGGGCCACAUUGGGAAGUGAGAGGCCCCUGAGUCCCGCGCAGAGCAAGUCUCCGUCCCCAGCCCCCAAAGCAGCUGCCCUGGUGGGUGAGUCAGGCGGGUCCGGAGACUUCCCAGGAGCGAGGGAGGGAGAGCAGCGCCUACAUCACAGGGAAGCGUCCCCGCGGGAGACUCUGGCCCUGAUUGGGCGCCGGGGCGGAACGGCCUUUGCUCUUUGCGUGGUCGCGGGGGUAUAACAGCGGCGCGCGGGGCUCACAGACCCAGGGAGACCGGCGGGCGCACGGCCGGCGCGGACGCCCCACAGCCCGGCCCGGACCCGAGGCCAGGCGAGGGGCUGCCAGUGUCCCGGGACCCACCGCGCCCGCCCCAGCCCCGGCUCCCCGCGCUGACCCCAUGGCGGCGGACGCAGCCCUGCGCCGGCUUCUGAGGCUGCACCGCACGGAGAUCGCGGUGGCCGUGGACAGCGCCUUCCCACUGCUGCACGCGCUGGCCGACCACGACGUGGUCCCCGAGGACAAGUUCCAGGAGACACUUCGUCUGAAGGAAAAGGAGGGCUGCCCCCAGGCCUUCCACGCCCUCCUGUCCUGGCUGCUGACUCAGGACUCCACAGUCAUCCUGGACUUCUGGAGGGUUCUGUUCAAGGACUACAACCUGGAGCGCUAUGGCCGGCUGCAGCCCAUCCUGGACAGCUUCCCCAAAGAUGUGGACCUCAGCCAAUCCCGGAAGGGGAGGAAGCCCCCGACCGUCCCCAAGGCUUUGGGACCACCACCCAGACUCCCCACCAAGAGGAAGGCCUCAGAAGAGCCUCGAGCUGCCGCGCCAGCAGCCCUGACUCCAAGGGGCACCUCCAGCCCAGGCUCUCAGCUGAAGGCCAAGCCCCCCAAGAAGCCGGAGAGCAGCACAGAGCAGCAGCGUCUUCCACUUGGGAACGGGAUUCAGACCAUGUCAGCUUCAGUCCAGAGAGCUGUGGCCAUGUCCUCUGGGGACAUCCCGGGAACCCGAGGGGCCGUGGAGGGGAUCCUCAUCCAGCAGGUGUUUGAAUCAGGGGGCUCCAAGAAGUGCAUCCAGGUCGGGGGGGAGUUCUACACUCCUGGCAAGUUCGAAGACCCCGGUGGUGGGAAGAACAAGGCCCGCAGCGGCGGUGGCCUGAAGCCUGUGGUUCGAGCUAAGGGAGCCCAGGGCGCUGCCCCCGGUGGAGGUGAGGCUAGGCUGGGCCAGCAGGGCAGGGUUCCCGCCCCUCCGGCCCUCCCCAGUGACCCCCAGCUCCACCAGAAGAACGAGGACGAGUGUGCUGUGUGCCGGGACGGCGGGGAGCUCAUCUGCUGUGAUGGCUGCCCUCGGGCCUUCCACCUGGCCUGCCUGUCCCCUCCACUCCGGGAGAUCCCCAGUGGGACCUGGAGGUGCUCCGGCUGCCUGCAGGUCCAGGAGAUGCAGCCCCGGACAGAGGAGCCCCGGCCCCAGGAGCCACCCGUGGAGACCCCGCUCCCUCCAGGGCUUAGGUCGGCGGGAGAGGAGGUGAGAGGUCCACCUGGGGAGCCCCUAGCUGGCAUGGACACGGCUCUUGUCUACAAGCACCUGCCAGCCCCGCCUUCUGCAGCCCCCCUGCCAGGGCUGGACUCCUCGGCCCUGCACCCCCUACUGUGUGUGGGUCCUGAGCGGCAGCAGAGUCCAGCUCCUGGUGCGCGGUGCGGGGUGUGCGGAGAUGGUACGGACGUGCUGAGGUGUGCUCACUGCGCUGCCGCCUUCCACUGGCGCUGCCACUUCCCGGCGGGCACCUCCCGGCCCGGGACGGGCCUGCGCUGCAGAUCCUGCUCAGGAGACAUGACCCCAGCCCCUGUGGAGGGGGUGCUGGCCCCCAGCCCCGCCCACCUGGCCCCCGGGCCUGCCAAGGAUGACACUGCCAGUCAGGAGCCCACUCUGCACAGGGAUGACCUGGAGUCCCUUCUGAGCGAGCACACCUUUGACGGCAUCCUGCAGUGGGCCAUCCAGAGCAUGGCCCGCCCGCUGGCCGAGGCGGCCCCCUUCCCCUCCUGACCCUGGACGGCCGGGACACACAGCUCUGAUGGGAGGGCGCUGAGAAAGACACCGCCUCCCUCAGCCCUGGAAGCCGGCCGGCUGGGACCAAGAAGGGGACAGUGCCACGUCUUGUCAGUCCUCGGCUGUAGACACAGCCCUGUGUUUGUGGGGACACCAGCCAUCAUGUACCUGGAAAUUAAAACCUGUGGUUUCGAGAUA